AUGGCGGCUAAUGCUAAUGCUAAUGCUAAUGCUCCACCUGAGUUGCCUUCAGGCAACCCUUGCUGCCUUGCUUGGCAAAGGAAGUACAUAGGCAUGAAGGACAGGCGUGAUGCUUGUAAAGAAGCUAUUAACAUUCUCCAGAAAGCAAUGGGAGCCGCUAAUGAUGAGAAAGCCAAUCUCCAGAAACAAAUUAAGGAGAUGGAGGACAACAAGGGCACUAAGGGACAUGAUUCAGUGGCAAAAGCGUCUCUUGAGAAAGAAGUUUCUGAUUUGAAGACUGAGAUAUUGUCUUUGCAACAGAGAUCGGAGCAGAACCUGCAAGAAAAAAAGGAAUACAUGAAAAAAUUUCAGGAUCAAGCUUCUAGCAGAGAAAAGGAGAUUAGUGAACUGAAGAAUCUCCUCAAGAAAGAGACACUUAGGGCUGAUAAUUCAGAAGAAGAGAGGGAGCAAAUUUGUAAAGAAUUGAAGAAGACGAAGGCUAUGAUGGUUAAAGAUGUGGAUAUCGAGCCCGAAGUUCCUGAAUUGAAAGAGGAAAUAAAUCUGGUUAAAAGUCUUCUUGUAAGCGAGAGGCAGAAGGCAGAAUCAGAGAAAAAGAAAGCUGAUCGGUAUCUUUCCGAGUUGGAGGUUUUAAGAGCUACAGCUCAUAAGACUAGUUCUGAUCUGCUUGCUUUGACAUCCAAUCUUGAGACUGUGAAAAAGCAGCUUGAGUCUGAAAAACAAAAGACACUGAGAGAGAAAAAACGUGCAGAUAUGGAGAGUGCCAAAGCUAGGGAACAGAUGAAACUGGCAGAAG